AACAUUGCCACUGCUCUGCUUCGCUGCUGCCUGUCUUCACGAGAACAAUCCAGAUACAAAUUUGACAAAAGAGAAAGCUCACUCGUAUUUGGUAGAAGCAUCAAAAUGCUCAGUCUUCGCAGCGAUGCGGCAAGACGGCGUCCGGAGCUGGCCAGAAUGUGCUGGAGUUGCGCCUUGAAACAAACCACACGGCGCCCUGCCUCGACUCGACCUUCUUCUGCCUCCUCAGCUUCCUCUUCUUUCUCCUUAUCCCCACGUAGCCGGCUGUCAGCAAGAGCGAACAGCCCUUCGAUCCAGAGAAAUACCAGAGCUCUCUUCUCCUCACACUCAAGGCCCCAAGACCGCUUAAAUCUCGAUCACGUAGACUCAGAUCCGCCCGUAUACAACCCGACCAUAGAAGCUCUCGACCAACUAGAUCCCCCCAACAAGCCUCGAAGUGGCGGCAUACGAGAUCAACUGCGAAAAUGGCACGACGAGCAUGGCCACCAGAAGUCCGCUAUCAACAACGACAGCGAAUACGACGUCAAUGAGCGAGGCGAGACGUCGAACAACUUUACUCGCUUGGGCGAUGUCGACAACUUCCGUCGUCCUGAGGAAAGCCUCGAGGACCAACGCGACGACAAUUCUCAAUUGCUACACGCUCGAACGAGCGACCUGGAAGAUUGGGAUCCGCAACACCGUUUCUUACGCACAGGUGACUUGGUCCUCCUCGACUUCCCUCGCAGUGAAAGAGAACCCAUUCUAGCCAUCUUCGUACGAAGAGUCGGCCAACCUCUGCAGUCUCAAUUCUACACUGUUCAUGGCAAGUGGAUUCAUGCUACCGAGAGACACAUCCAGCACACUGUCUUGUCCUUCGUAUCUCCGGAACUUGUACAGCCAAUUGUUUCCUAUCUUCCUGACCACGGCCUCACCGAGGAACUCCUGGACAGGGCCCAGAUGUUCGAUCUUAGCGUACCCAGAGAGAUUUCUGCUCCUUUGGUGACCAAAAUGCUCGAGUUUCAGCGGAAAAGCGAACAGAUCUACCGUGACAAUGCAACGACUCUCGACAGUGCUCACCAUUCACUAGCUCAUCCUACCGAUCUCAAAUUUGGUACGCUUGAGCUCAUCGCUUCCAGGCUUCUGGGAACAGAAAAGGAUAAACCCAUUUCACAGGAGGCCAUCUACGCCGUUCGCAGAGCUCUGACGCGAGCAGGCUUUGCCUUUGGCCAUGACCGUAGAAGUCAUCGUCUCACAGGCUUCAUUCAGAUCCGCUCGAAAGAACAGGUCGCAAAUGUCGAGAGGAUUCGCAACUGGGUUAGAUCAUGGCAAGAUGAUCUGGCUAUCUUUGCAGCCGGAAAGUCCUCAGGUCACCAGUUCUCCCCUGCUGCACAACACGUCGUCAACUUCAUCCACAAGUCACAGUCGCUCAUCCAAGAAAGCCGGCAGCGCCGUGACUUCACAUCGAACGGCCGUCUAGGAAAUAGCAAGAAGCGAUUCUCCAUCUCCGAUCAGGACGUCGUACAAUACGAAUACAGCAUCGAGUUUGAUGAGCAAGACCGCGAGUUGAUCAAGUUCAUGGAAGCUUGGGCAUGCUCUGGCAUGUUGCUGGGUCUUCCUCGUGUAGAGGCUCUACCUCCUCUGAUCCUCCAAGCAACUGGCAUGUACGAGGAGCUCGCGUUGAACCCCAAAGCCGGCUUUACGUUCUUGCAAGAGAUCGGUGUCUUGACGCCUCACGAGAAUCGAGUCCGCUUCGACAACCACCUGCUCUUGCCUUCUUCGCAACACUCUAAGCCUCUCGAGAAACUGAUGACCAAAGUAAAUAAUAUGGUCGCGGAGCCCAACUUUGUGGACUCGAUGGCACAUCUGCGUAAGGACUGGGGCAAUCUGCCCGUCUUCUGUAUCGACGGUGAGGGUGCUCAUGAGAUUGAUGACGGUGUUUCAUAUGAAGACGCCGGUGAAGGCGAACACUGGAUUCAUAUACACAUUGCCAAUCCGACCGCGUUCUUCGACCAGGACAAUGCUCUUGCAAAAAUGGCACGCCACAUGACCGAGACCAUCUAUAUGCCGGAACGUGCUUUCGUCAUGUUGCCAAGAUGGUCGACCCGCAAGCAUUUCAGCUUGAAGGCCGAACGUCCUUGUCUGACGUUCAGCGCAAAGCUGAAUUCUCAAGGUCACAUUAUCGAGCAGAAGAUUCAGCCUGGCUUCAUUCGGAAUGUAAAGUUCAUCACUCCGACUGAAGCCGCGCGGGUCGUCGGCGUUGGAAGUGGUGCAAAGCCGGAUGUCGUCCUGACAGUUGGCGGUGAGCCCCCCCGCCGUAAACCAAGGAAGACUGCCGACCAUUUGCUCGAACAUGAGAUCGAAGUAUUGAAGAAAUUGCAGAUGCUCGCCGAAAAGCGUCAAGCAAUGCGUCGUGGGGCCGGAGGUCUGUUCCUCGACACCGCCCAGCCCGACUUCAGCAUCUGGCAACAGAACAGCUACGCUGGACUGGGUUGGGAACAUCCCUCCAGGAACAGAGCACGUUUCGUGGAAGGCGAUCCGAUUAUUGAGUAUCGCACGAAAGAAUUAGUGUCUUGGUUCUCCUCGGGCACGGGAGUCUCUGAUAUUCUUGUCCGUGAAUGCAUGCUUCUAGCAUGCGAGAUUGGAGCAUCAUGGUGUGCGGAACGUAACAUACCGGUCAUCUACCGAGGCACAGUGGAAAGUCCGGAUGGCAAGAACCCUAAGGAAUUUCAUGACCGCGUUCUGGUACCUGCCACAGAAAAGAACGGUGGCGAAACACCUAUGCAUCUCGCUAUCGAAUAUCUUCGAAACUCUGGUUCCACCAUCCUUGCGACCAAACCCUUGCACCACCGCGUUCUUGGUAUACCGACUUACAGCAAGGCUACAUCGCCGCUUCGUAGAUACGGUGAUAUGAUUCUACACUGGCAGGUUGAAGCGGCGUUGCGUGAGGAGGCGAAAGCAGGAGGUCAACUUGACUUUAGUGGCGGCAACCACAAACUGCUACCUUUUUCGGAAACUGCUCUGAAGUCGAUCUCGAGUGGCCUACAACCUCGUGAGGCCAUGAUUCGCCGUACUACUGAUUAUGCCGAAAAUCACUGGCUGGCUACACUUUUCUUCCGCGCCCAUUACUACAAGGAAUGCGAGCUGCCAGCUACAUUCCAAGCUUACUUUCAUAUGACGCCCAGUGCCAAAAACUCAGAAUUCCCAGUUGUCAUCAAGGAAUACAGCUGUCCGGCCACUGCGGCCAAGCCGGAUGCCUAUGGUCUUGGACACGCUCAAGCUGGUGACACUUGGGAAUGUGCCAUUGAAGAAAUCGACGUCUUCUCGCGAAAGAUUUUGCUCAGACCUGUACGUUUGGUUGACCGCUGGGAGGGAUAGACUUGUCGGGACAAGGUCAUGUGCAGAUAUGAAUGUUGAAACAAUGCUAAGUGGAGCCGCUUACGCGAAUAAUUACUUGGCCGUUCCCAAAGUCACCUGAUAGAACUCCUUUUCUCACUGCUAUCUCGCUGUGCCUAUACUGCAGUUGAAACAACGACGUUGCGC